AAGUUUCUGACUUCUGAGAAUCUCAAAGACACAGAGUGUCCUUUAAAUGUAAAAACAAAUAAACAAAGACUGUUUCUUUGAAGGCCAUGGAGAAGAAGGACCACAGAGUUGCUUGCGCCACCGGUCAACAACCAGAGGCAAAUGACAUUUUGAGCAAGGAGGACCAAAGCCAGCCCAAUGUGACACUUUUUACAGAGAGUACAAAAACUGAUGGUCCUUCAAACGGCAAUGCACCGUCCCUAAAUCACCAAUACCCAUCAACUCUUCAAUGGCCGUACACGCCUCAGCAUGGAGUGGAACAAUCCCCUUUCGUGCCUAGACCCUUUAUUGCAACUCAAGCGCCGUUGCCUGGAGUUAUAAACCAAUGGCCACAAUUUCCACAUCUACAACAGAAUGCCUCUAAUCAUCAGGUCCCACAAGGCCUGCCACCAAGCAAUUAUUCCCAAUCAGCUGCUCCCUUAUGGCUACCCCAGCGAGCUGGUUACACGUUGCCUGGAUUGAAUGCACCGGCAACUUUUCCGUCAUUCAUUGCUUUCGGAGCUACUGAUACUAAUUGGCAAACUCCUGCAGCUGUUGGAGGUGGAACUUCAACAACAAAUCAAGCUCAAGUUCCUAAUUUCUGUUACCCUGUUGGGUACCCAUAUCCGGGCUUUCCAGGUCCUUGUGAUCCAUCUUGGUGGGGUCAGGGUCAGGGUCAGGGUCAGGCACAACAGCCUCUAUGCACAUAUGCUUUUCCAGGAGGCUACUUUACUUCACCACCUGCAUUACCGCCUAGUUGCACCACACCCCUUGGACAAUCCUUUCAAAAAGGAAUUAUCAGGCCACCAACUAAACUUUCUCAGAAGCACCAGCAACUUUGGGAUGCUCAAUCUGCAGAAAAUGUCCAGCUAUGGAAUGUAAUUAAUCACUUGCAAUCAGAAAUAAUGGAUUACAAAAAUAGCUUGGUGAGGCUUGAAGCAGAAGUGUCUUCUCUGAAACUGGCAGCAGAAGUGCCUUCUCUGAAACCGGCAGCGGAAGAGCCCACUGCUCAAGUUAGUGGGGCUGUUUUAUCUGGACAACCAUCAAAAAGAGGAAGACCAAAGAGGUCAGUUGCUUCAGUUGACGCAUUACCUUCUCCUGGCGAGUCUCAUCGCCGAACUCGAGGUAGAAGACCUGCAGCAUGCAAGAUUCAUCAGUUUGAGAUGAAACCACAUGUUUUUGAGAAGGUUAUCCUCAACAAGGUAGAAAAUAAAGAGAAAGCAUAUCACUCCACAGCUGCUGCAGAGCAGGGAAACAAUAUCUCAAAUGUUGUCGCACAUUCUGGUGGCAGCUUGGAGGUUAACGGAAGCAAUUCAGUCAUGCCUGAAUUCCACUAUCAAUGUCAGCAGGACCUUCCCAAUGUCCAAAUGUAUGGAAUUGGGCAUACUGCCUCUUCAGAAAUGAAAGGUAAUGAUGACAAGGGUAACUACUUAAGAACUAACAACUCCAUCACUUCUCAGCAAACUAAUGGGACAAGCACCAAAACCAAUUUGGCCCUUCAUAUGGGUGCCAUUGGUACUGCAAGUAUUGGGUGGCCUUCUAGCAUUUCCUCCGAACCUGAUAGAAAUGAGGUAAAUAUAGGCUCCCAGGGUUUCUACAACAGUGGUAGUGUUAUCAGAAGAGGAGGAAAGAUCAUUCCUGGAUGGAGCUUCGUAAGUGAAGAGGAUGCUUCUGAAAAGCUGGAAGAUGCUGUAUUAGGAUCAGGAAAGGACGACAAUGAUGAAAAUAUGGGAGAUGAUUCCAGCUCAGGAGGAGAAGAAAUUGCUCGAAAAAAAGAUGAGAGUGCCCACAACAUGGAUGGUAGUAGAGAAGGAACUAGCCCUAACUGGUCAUAGAAUUUACUUUCACUUGUCUGCAUCAAGACUUUGUUAUGAUUGACUUUUGAUGUAGUGGACGAUGAUGAAAAAUUCUGCUCAACAGGGCUUGCUUUCUAAGCAGAGAAAUGUUAGCCCAAAUUUUGUAGCUAGGGGAGCAGGAUGAUUUAAUCAUGGAAAAUCUAUAAAACUAGAGAUUGAAGUCUGUCAAAGUAUAUGUGGAGCUCUAUCUAAUUCAGGCAUUCAGUUCUGUUAUGAAACUCCCUGUUGUCUUUCUUCAUCAAUUCUCUAUUACAGGCUAUUCUUUAUUACAGAAAUGCAAUAUAUACA